AUGAACAACGAUGUGAAGAUUCAGUGCUGCUGUGGCAAGGAGUUCAGCGCAACGAAUCCCUCAACCGUAGCGCCCAAGCACAUCAACGAGUGCCACCCAUCCACAGCAUUUAAGCCUCCUCAAACGCCUCCGCCUCCCUCCACACCAGUGGACGACCCAGAACCCACAGAGGUUGAAAGCUUUCCCCGCGCUUACUCUCCGAGGAUUGCAGCUCGAUUCAUAAUUUCUUUGCUUCUGCUGGCUUGCGCAGCUAUUGGCAUUAAGAUUUGGAGCCGCAAGCUGCUCAGUGGCAGGAUUUUGGAUGAUAUUCAUGCCGAGGUCCAAGCCAAAAUGAACAGCGAGUACGAUACGGACGGUGGCCUUGUCGGCUGGAAAACCGAUUAG